CAUGAUUAGAACCUUUUCCUCCCAUGUUGGAACCGUUACAAGAUUAUCUAUUCUCACUCAACCUAAAUUCACCAGUAAACAGUUUUCUACUAUUCAUAAAGAUUUCACACCUUGUAGGAGUUAAUUUCAAAGUGAUUGUCAAACUUUUGGUUUCCAAGUCCAAACAUCUUUAACCAAUUUAAUCAAAAUGUCAAUAUCAUUCUCACAAUUGACCCGAACUCACAUGAUCGCGAUCGGAGUCACUGUUUUACUAGCCACGGCCAUUUGCGUCGGAGUUUUGGUCUCAAAAAAAUCAUCAAGUUCGCAAUCAUCAACAUCUCUUUUCGCCACGUAUAAAGAUAAAUUACUUCAACUUGAUCAUGCAACUCAAUGGAAAAGUUACACUUCAGAAACAGUGUCUUUAGACGGAGCUUUUGAAGCCGGAGAAGAUUCAGAUGGCAAAAAGAUUUAUCCAUGUCGAGCUAGUUACUCAAGAGAUCUCAUGUCAGGAACAUUCAAAUCUAAUGCAUGUUGGGUCACUUAUGGUGGUAGAGCUUAUUCUCAAAGUACAUUUGAGUUACUCGUAACCAAGAACCCUUCUGCACUCCUUUGGUUGCCCAACUCAAACGGUGGAGCCUACAAUGGAGCCAUAGUAUCUGGAAUGACUUACACUGACGAUGAACUUUUAGCUGCUCGGGUCAGCUUCUAUUACUAUUAUGCUGUCGGUAAAAUGCAUGAUCGUUAUGCCUCUGCAUAUGUCCCAAGAGGAAAUACAGAAUACGAAACAAAAGAGUACGAAGCCCUCUGUGCAGUCGAUUAUUCUUUGUGAUUUUGAAUCGAUGCAUUUUGCAUUAGCUGAUUAUUUACAUGCAAUUUCAAUUGUAAUUUAUUGUUGUCAAGUAUUUCAAGGCUAAAUAUAUUUGAUUAACUAACAAAUGA